GUUGCACGAAACUCUAGCGCAGGAGUCCCCGGGCGCCGCUGGCAACGACGAGUCACCAAGUCCAGAAGAUCCGCGGGCGAGAGCCGUGCGCGUGUGAGCUGGAGAGGUCCGAUCACCGAAGUGGAGCAGGGCUGCGAUUGUACCCAAGUGGAGCCUUAGUGAUUCUGUGGCUGAAGUUAGCGCCUUGACAGGGGGCAACCCGACAAAUCGCCGGGAGUGUUUUUGGGAGCCUUCUAGCAGUUGUGACUCCCAAAACCUGUUUCUAGACACCAGAGACCCUUCAGCCGGGCACGCCAUCGCUGUUAGACUUCUUUCUGGGCCGCUCGGACUCAUUGAUCCCGGUCGCGCCUCCAAACCCGAGUAAAAAGCUGCCUGACCGCUCCACCCCCCUUCCCCACACGCGCUCCAGCCUUAGUCCCCCAAAUCCGUGCCGUCGGGCUGUGGCAAAAUGAUCGCCUCUCAUCUGCUUGCCUACUUCUUCACGGAGCUCAACCAUGACCAAGUGCAGAAGGUUGACCAGUAUCUCUAUCACAUGCGUCUUUCUGAUGAGACCCUUCUGGAGGUUUCCAAGCGGUUUCGCAAGGAGAUGGAGAAAGGGCUGGGAGCUACCACCCACCCUACUGCUUCAGUGAAGAUGCUGCCCACCUUUGUGAGGUCCACUCCUGACGGGACAGAACAUGGGGAGUUCCUGGCUCUGGACCUCGGAGGGACCAACUUUCGUGUGCUUUGGGUGAGAGUAACAGACAAUGGGCUCCAGAAGGUCGAGAUGGAGAACCAGAUCUACGCCAUCCCUGAGGACAUCAUGCGAGGCAGCGGCACUCAGCUGUUUGACCACAUCGCUGAAUGCCUGGCCAACUUCAUGGAGAAGCUAGAAAUCAAAGACAAGAAGCUCCCCUUGGGCUUUACAUUCUCAUUCCCCUGCAUCCAAACAAAACUAGACGAGAGUUUCCUGGUCUCAUGGACCAAAGGGUUCAAGUCCAGUGGUGUGGAAGGCAAAGACGUGGUUACUCUGAUCCGCAAGGCCAUCCAGAGGAGAGGGGACUUUGAUAUCGAUAUUGUAGCUGUGGUGAAUGACACAGUUGGGACCAUGAUGACCUGUGGUUAUGAUGACCAGAACUGCGAGAUUGGUCUCAUUGUGGGCACGGGCAGCAAUGCCUGCUACAUGGAAGAGAUGCGCCACAUAGACACGGUGGAGGGCGACGAGGGGCGGAUGUGCAUCAACAUGGAGUGGGGGGCCUUUGGGGACGACGGCGUGCUCGAUGACAUCCGCACUGUGUUUGACCAGGAGAUCGACAUGGGCUCCCUGAACCCUGGGAAGCAACUAUUUGAGAAGAUGAUCAGUGGGAUGUACAUGGGGGAGCUGGUGAGGCUUAUCCUGGUGAAGAUGGCCAAGGAGGAGCUGCUCUUCAGGGGGAAGCUCAGCCCCGAACUCCUCGCCAAGGGCCGUUUUGAGACCAAGGAUGUUUCAGAUAUUGAAGGGGACAAGGAUGGUAUCCGGAAGGCCCGCGAGGUCCUGGUGCGGCUGGGCAUAGACCCAACACAGGAGGACUGCGUGGCUACUCACCGGAUCUGUCAGAUCGUGUCCACACGCUCAGCCAACUUGUGCGCGGCCACCCUGGCCGCUGUGCUCCGGCGCCUCAAGGAGAACAAGGGCGAGGAGCGGCUGCGUUCCACCAUUGGGGUUGACGGCUCCGUCUACAAGAAACACCCCCAUUUUGCGAAGCGUCUUCACAAGACCGUGCGGCGCCUGGUGCCUGACUGCGAUGUCCGUUUCCUCCGCUCUGAGGACGGCAGUGGCAAGGGGGCAGCCAUGGUGACAGCAGUGGCCUACCGGCUGGCUGACCAACACCGAGCCCGGCAGAAGAUCUUGGAGUCUCUGAAGCUGAGCCGCGAGCAGCUGCUGGAAGUCAAGAGGAGGAUGAAGGUAGAAAUAGAGCGAGGCCUGAGCAAGGAGACUCACAGCGUUGCCACUGUCAAGAUGCUGCCCACCUACGUGUGCGCCACCCCCGAUGGCACAGAGAAAGGCGAUUUCCUAGCUUUGGACCUUGGGGGCACCAAUUUCCGGGUCCUGCUGGUGCGUGUGCGGAAUGGGAAGCGGCGCGGAGUGGAGAUGCACAACAAGAUUUAUGCCAUCCCACAGGAGGUCAUGCACGGCACAGGGGAUGAGCUCUUUGACCAUAUCGUCCAGUGCAUCGCUGACUUCCUCGAGUACAUGGGCAUGAAGGGCGUGUCCCUGCCCCUGGGCUUCACCUUCUCCUUCCCCUGCCAGCAGAACAGCCUGAAUGAGAGCAUCCUCCUCAAGUGGACGAAAGGCUUCAAGGCGUCUGGCUGUGAGGGUGAGGACGUGGUCACCCUGCUGAAGGAAGCUAUCCACCGGCGAGAGGAGUUUGACCUGGACGUGGUCGCUGUGGUGAAUGACACAGUCGGGACUAUGAUGACCUGUGGCUAUGAAGACCCUCACUGUGAAGUUGGCCUCAUUGUUGGCACGGGCAGCAAUGCCUGCUACAUGGAGGAGAUGCGGAAUGUGGAGCUGGUGGAUGGGGAAGAGGGGCGGAUGUGUGUCAACAUGGAGUGGGGGGCCUUCGGCGACAAUGGAUGCCUGGAUGACUUCCGCACGGAAUUUGAUGUGGCUGUGGACGAGCUUUCCCUCAACCCUGGCAAACAGAGGUUUGAGAAAAUGAUCAGUGGCAUGUACUUGGGUGAGAUUGUCCGAAACAUCCUCAUCGAUUUAACCAAGCGUGGGCUGCUCUUCCGCGGCCGCAUCUCAGAGCGGCUCAAGACAAGGGGAAUCUUUGAAACCAAGUUCCUGUCUCAGAUUGAGAGUGACCGCCUGGCCCUGCUGCAGGUCCGAGCCAUCCUCCACCACUUGGGGCUUGAGAGCACCUGUGACGACAGCAUCAUUGUCAAGGAGGUGUGCGCCGUGGUGGCGCGGCGGGCAGCCCAGCUCUGUGGCGCAGGCAUGGCCGCAGUGGUGGACAAAAUACGAGAAAACCGUGGGCUGGACACCCUGAAAGUGACAGUGGGUGUGGACGGAACCCUCUACAAGCUCCAUCCUCACUUUGCUAAAGUCAUGCAUGCGGCGGUGAAGGACCUGGCUCCUAAAUGUGACGUGUCCUUCCUGGAGUCAGAGGAUGGCAGCGGGAAGGGGGCGGCUCUCAUCACUGCGGUGGCCUGUCGCAUCCGCGAGGCUGGACAGCGAUAGAGUCCCUGAAGUCGGAACGGACUUCCUCUGGCUCCCCCUCUUCACUGCUUUUUUAAAUUACAAGAUGUCAUCCCCUGUGUCAGAGACAGACCCCUCGGCUCUUCCUUGGCAGAGAGGACGCUGCCAGACCGCAUUUUGUCUCUGUGUAUCCUCACUGCAGAUUUUGGUGCCCAAGCUUUGGCCUUCCUGAGGUAAAUUUGAAUUCAGGAUUUGUUCACACUAGUCACAACCAUUCCCCCUGGUUCUCUUAAAACUUAAAACAAAUUUUAACCUUUAGUAAUCCCCCUGGCCAAAUUCCAUGUCCGUAUAUAAUCCUACAGGACACUAACGAAAAGGUACAGUUGCUUCACCUUGGACCCUGGCUGCUUCACCUUGGACACUGAAUAUGACAUUUCUAGGUGGAGAGCAUCCUCCUGCAUGGAGGCUGAUAUUGUUUCUCAGAGACCUGAGAGGUCUCCACUAACUUGAGCCUGAUUCUCCCACAUGCAGACCGUGGGGGUGGAGGAGGGGCGGCAAUGGAGGAAACCAUGGAUAACCAAGUGGCAGCCCCUCUUCAACCUCAUCUACACGCAUCACCUGGUGGGUUGCUGUUCCUGGAAUUAAAGCAUCCUGAGUCUGAGCAUGCAAUACCAAAGCCACAAGUUGACACGUUGUGCAAGUGGGCUUGUCACAUCUCGGUUUGGGGUUCACGAGUCAUCCAUGAGCAUUGGACUUUUAGGGGAGAAUGGGGAACUUUGUGGUCUGAUUUUUAAAAAAAUUUUUCCUGUAGAAGUGUAAACACUGUAUUUUCAUUUUAACUUAUGUUUGAAACUUAUUUAGUUCAUGAAGUGUAUGUGCUCCUUCAUCUGGAUACUGUAUGUAAUAAUCGGUUGUAUGUAUGUAUUUAUAUGUUAGUUUAUUGUGUAUAUAGAUACACAGGGGCUUCUCAGACCUGGCCUCAUUGGAAGAUUGGGUAAACGUUGGAAGGUGACUGGUUACUAGAAAUACCUCAUUCGCCUGCGGGAAGAGAAGGGAAGCUUCUUCCUGGUGAGUGAAUGUCCAAGCAGCUCCCUCCCAGGUCCUCCUUUCCCUGCAGACUCUGAAAGGCGGAGAGCAAGGGAGAGGAUGAAGGAGGCUGGGCCUAUGGCUGGAAGAAACCACAGCCACUUGCUGCUCUGUGUAGAGACUUUCCUGGGGCAAUAUUACCUGGGAUAUUAACCAAAGGAUUCAGCCUCAUUGGUUAGGAAUCUUCAUUUUUAAGGCAGUCGAUUUUAAAGCUCUCUAACAAAAUAAAAGAAGCCACCAAAAACAUUAAAAAAAAAAUUGUGUCUGAUCAUUGAUAGAAAACCAAAACAAUGAAACAAACAAAGGAAUGAAGCCUCAGGGACAACAUUUUUGGGGAUUUGUGUCCUCCUAGCAAACUGGUUUUGUAAAAGUUUUACAAGAAGCUUGUGGAGGCUCCUCUAGCCUGAGUGGUUUUGAUACACCAUGUUUAUUUUGAACAGCUUUGGGGUAGGGGGUGAGGGAGCAGUGUAAAACCUUUCAUAUGCUGCUUUUCAGGAAUGAAGACGAUUCUGAACCCUUAAGCCCAUGUUUCAUCCCUGGAUACUAAAAUCUAAAGGAGUGGCCUUGCAACAGGGCUGAGCAGGGUACCAGGGCCAAAACAGAAAGAUGGAAAGACAGGAUUCAAUGGCGCCCAAUUUUUGCACAUUUAUCAAACUUGUACUGAGAGCAGUGUCUAGAUUUGUAUAUAACUCUAAAAGAUGCUCAAGAAAUAGAGAUGAAUUUUAACUUUUAAACUUGACAAUUAGGCUCCAUCUAGGAAAUCACUCAUUUUUUGUUGAAGAUCUGUGUGUAUGGCUGUGAAAGAGGUGUUGCUGGUUCCUAGGAAAGAGCACUGGCACAUGCGUUGUGAAUGUUGGUGAUCCCUCAGCUCGGUGACAGCUCCUUGCUGAUGCUGCUUUGCCUGAUGUAAAUACAGUCAGUCUCAGUCUUGGACUGGGAUGUGCUAAAUAGCAGGUCUCAAAUCCUGGAGCACUCAGUCUAGUGAUGUUGUCAUGUACAAUAAAGAACUAGUCGAAUUAACUAUGUGAUGUUAAUUAUUAAUAAAUUUUAACAUUUUUCAAAAUA